ACUUUUCAAUCCUUAUAUAUGCAAUCUGCUGACCUCCUAACCUUUCAUUCUCAUCGCCGGAAAAAUUUUCUUUUUCUUUUCUUGGCUGGCUGUAAGCUCUUACUUUUUCCUGAAUCUGCAAGGAAUAAGAAUUUGCUAGGAGCUACUAACAGAGUCGCAAUUCUGCUAUAGAUUGUUUAAACCCCAGUUAUGAACAUGGCACUGUCCAUGUUACAGAGCUUCAAACAUUGCUUAACGGACCACCCAUCAAUAGUAAACUUCCGGUGGAGCAUUACUCAGACAUGGGGUUCUACCUGGUUCUUCAUCUUCUCCGCUAUAGCCAUCUACAUAGCCUCCUCCAUCACACUCCACCUCCUCCUCUCCGUCCUACUCAGACGUAAUCGCGGGAUUCCACUAGGCCCCAUCCCAGCCACCCACAGCCUCACCGUGGCGCUAGUCUCGGCCUUCAUUUUUGUCGGCUUACUUUUCUCAACCGCCGCCGAGAUCCGUGACACGCGAUGGUUCUGGCCCCGCACCAAGACCACCACUGCCUUCCAGUGGCUUCUAUGUUUCCCACUUGGGACGCGCCCCACCGGUCGAGUCUUCUUCUGGUCCUACGUUUUCUACCUAUCCCGGUUCCUUCACCUAUUCCGUACAUUCUUCACAAUCCUCCAGUACCGUAAACUCUCCUUCUUUACUCUCUUCAACCAAUCCAUCCUCUUGUUCAUGUCCUUUCUCUGGCUCGAAUUUUCUCAGUCUUUCCAAGUGUUGGCUAUACUUCUAACAACAUUAUUAUACUCUCUGGUUUAUGGGUACCGAUUCUGGACUGCAAUAGGGUUGCCAAGGGCACAUUUCCUUUUCGUAGCGAACUGUCAGGUUGUGCUUUUGGGAUGCAAUCUGCUCUGCCAUUUUGGGGUGCUUUUCUUGCAUUUCUUGAAAGGUGGGUGCAAUGGGAUGGUAGCUUGGGGCUUAAACUCUGUACUGAAUGGCGUGAUUCUGCUGUUGUUUUUGAGGUUUUACAUAAAGGUAAAUUUGAUUAAGAAGAAGGCCCAUGCAGUGAGAGAAUUUGAGAGUUCUUCGCGGCAUCUACACUCUGCUUUGCAGACAAAGAGUGAAAAGGAGAGUUGAUGAGUUCGCCUGAACUAGGUUUUUCAUGUGUACAGAAACUGUUUCUUGAGUCUUGAAAUGUAAUUUCGCAAAGAACUAAAAUUGUAUUACUAUCAUAUACAAAAACUGGGCGUUUGCAAAGAUUUUAGAUUUUGUUUUUGAACAACACAACAAAUUUUGCUGGGUCAACGUACGCCAUGAAAAGGCAAGCCGCCCAUCUCUGGUGGCUGCUGCCAUUCUCCAUUUCAUUCCCAUUUAUUUAUCAUUUGUUUUUCUUUAUUAUUAAUUUUUCUUUUCCUUUUUCUUAGGUGGUGAUCUCACGUUCCCACCUGUAUUUCUUGUAAUUUUCAAUGCCUUGUACAGCACAUAUAAGUUAAUUGUUUAUAUAUAUAUAUGUGUAAUGGGAAUGAAGCAUUUUCAAUUGCUGUAUAGUCAGAUGCAUGGCAGAAAGCCAGAAACUAUUGCCGGUUUGUUGUUUCAAUUUUUAUCAUUUCUGUCCGUGUCCUGACCGAGAAAAGCAAGAAAAUUCCAAGAAAGGAAGCUUCUAUGUAUACAUCCUAAGUCUCAAUCUUUCGGUUACAUGCGGAUACACCUGGCCGGCGGCCCAGUCCGACUGCGAGCUAAUUUUUAUUUUGAAAAAGGGAAAAUCGGUAUCAGAUUGUUUAGAAAGUGUUUGAGUUUAAUUU